GAUAUUUGGUUCCUAGUGACGAGUUGGACGUGGCGGAAGUAAACAAGCAACCUCCCCGCCGUCAUCUCUGGACCGUAGCGUUAAAAGAGAGAGAGAGAGAGAGAGAGAAAGAAAGACAGAAAAGGGGGAAACGAAAAGUCCACGGCGACACGCGAGAUGUUCCGGAGUUGGGGAACCUGGCUGGGCCUGGAACCUCCGAGUGUGGAGACGGAGAACGCCGUCAGCGACGACAGCGAUGUGCAGCCCGCUCGGCAGUCGGCAGAGAAGCAGCCGUCAGACGGCCAGCGGCAGGAGGAGCAGGUGGCGGACGAGACAGAGGAGAACGAGGCGGCGGCCGCCACUCAGGAGCUAAUGCAGCAGGCCAAAGGUCUCGGCGGCUAUCUCUUCAAUUUUGCCAGCAGUGCCACAAAGAAAAUUUCCGACUCUGUGGCAGAGACGGCGCAGACAAUUAAGAAGUCUGUGGAGGAAGGAAAAAUCGACCUGAUUAUUGACAAGACAAUAUUAGGUGAUUUUCAGAAGGAGCAAGAGAAAUUUGUCAGUGAAAAGCAUUUGAGAAAGCAAGAUACAGCUGUGCCCCCCUGGGUAGGAUACAGUGAAGAAGAAACGAUUCAGCAGCAGAUCCUGGCCUUAUCUGCCGAUAGAAGAAAUUUCUUACGAGACCCUCCUGCUGGAGUCCACUUCCAGUUCGACUUUGAGCAGAUGUACCCCAUUGCUUUGGUUAUGCUGCAAGAAGAUGAGCUUCUCAACAGGAUGCGCUUCGACCUCGUGCCAAAGCUUGUGAAGGAGGACGUCUUCUGGAGGAAUUACUUUUACCGCGUCUCUUUAAUUAAGCAGUCGGCUCAGCUCACCGCGUUGGCAGCUCAGCAGCAAGCAGCCGAGAAGAAGGAGGAGGCGACAAAGAAUGGCAUCGGUGCCGAAGACAUGCAGUUGACAGAAAACAUUCGGCCAAAAACGCCCCCGAUGCCAAUCGGCUCCAACUUGAAACCCAGCGAGGAUGAAGAGGAGAUUUCAACCAGUCCUGGGGUGUCCGAGUUUGUUAGUGACGCCUUUGACUCCUGCAACAUAAAUCAGGAAGACCUGAGGAAAGAAAUGAAGCAGCUGGUAUUGGAUAAAAAGGAAGAGGACGCCCAGAAUGAUGAAGAAUCCGAGGACUGGGAGAAGGAGCUUCAGCAAGAACUCCAGGACUGCGAGGUUGACGAGGAGUCCGAGAGCCGAGACGACAACUGGGAUAAGGUGAUAGAGGAAAUGCUGCAGGCCGACGGCUAGGGGCUCCUGAUGGCCUUUUACUUGUCGUCGUGAACCAAGGAGGAUCAGGAUCACGGGAACUGGAAGUAGGACCCCUAAAGUGACUGGCCGGUCCUGCUGAGGCCACGACUCAACUCGCUCUGUAGGCUCUUACCUUUAAGUCACAUUUACCGGCUCUAGAGGAUGGUGGUGGACGAUUCAUUUAUUGGUUCGAGGUGCAAUAAUUUCUCUCCACGUCAUUAUGUGAUUAAAUCCUUCUUCUUUUAAGAACACUUGUUGUAUAGCAAGGUAAGUUUAGCUCACUCUCUGGUUUUUGAUCAGCCAUCCAAGAGACUGAAGUCCGACGGGAAGACGCCAUUUUACCUCAAUUCACACGGGGGACCGAGUCACAGCCAGUGAUGCGAACGGCACCCUGGCCGACUUUUAGUGCUUUACACAAAGUGCAGUGGACGAGUCAGGGAGGAGAUGUGGGGGACCAGAAUAAAAGAAGUAGGUGUCA